AUGAAAUCUGAUAAUGAAAAUAAUCUUGAUAAUGUUAUCAAUUCCGAGUUUGAAAAUAAUUUAUCAAGUUCAUCAAGAAAAAAAUUACCUGAUUCUUCUGAAAAUAAACUACAGUCUAAGAAAGUAAAAACUAGCUUUGAUUCUUCUAAAAAUAACCAGAAAGAUAAAAAGGAGAUAGAGUGUGGAGCUACUUACAAAUAUGAUGAUGGAAUGAGUAAUAUGCAAUAUCAUCAUCAAGUUAGACAUAAUAUUUAUUCUUCAAACUAA